GACUGGCCCGAGGGGCUGCGCGCCGAGGCGGUGGUGCAGCCUGGAGCACCCGGCAGCCGCGGCGGCCGGGGACCCUGGACCCCUCCUCAAGCGAGAGGGAAGGAAGGAAGGAAGGAAGGAAGGAAGGAAGGAAGGAAGGCGCAAAGCUCCUCCCACCCAAGGAUGACACUAAACACCCAGCAAGAAGCAAAGACCCCCCUGCGUCGGCGAGCCAGCACUCCACUGCCCUUGUCUGCCCGGGGCCACCAACCUGGCCUCCUGUGUACAGCACCUUCCACAAAAUCCCAGCAUCCCCGGCUGGGCCAGUCAGCCUCCCUCAAUCCUCCCCCCCGGCAACCUUCACCUGCCCCCAAUGGUUGGUCCUCUGAAUCCAGCGACUCUGAAGGCUCCUGGGAGGCCCUCUACCGCGUGGUACUGCUUGGAGAUCCUGGCGUAGGGAAGACCAGCCUGGCCAGCCUCUUUGCAGGGAAGCAAGAGCGAGACCUCCAUGAACAGCUUGGAGAAGAUGUGUACGAGAGGACCCUCACGGUGGAUGGAGAGGAUACCACGCUGGUGGUCAUGGACACCUGGGAGGCUGAGAAACGGGAUGAAAGCUGGAGCCAGGAUUCAUGCCUGCAGGUGGGCAGCGCCUAUGUCAUCGUGUAUUCCAUCGCAGACAGAGGCAGCUUCGAGAGUGCCUCUGAGCUCCGCAUUCAGCUGCGGCGCACGCAUCAGGCCGACCACGUGCCCAUCAUCCUGGUGGGCAACAAGGCUGACCUGGCACGCUGCCGGGAAGUCUCCGUGGAAGAGGGCCGCGCCUGCGCGGUGGUGUUCGACUGCAAGUUCAUCGAGACGUCGGCCACGCUGCAGCACAACGUGGCCGAGCUCUUCGAGGGCGUGGUGCGCCAACUGCGCUUGCGCCGCCGGGACAGCUCGGCCCCGGCGCCUCCCGCGCCCCGACGGCGCGCCAGCCUGGGUCAGCGGGCUCGUCGCUUCCUGGCACGGCUGACGGCCCGCAGCGCCCGCCGGGCCCUCAAGGCCCGCUCUAAGUCUUGCCACAACCUGGCGGUGCUCUGAGGCCGCCCUGCCUCCUGGGGGUGGCGGAACACUGGGCUGCAUUCUGAGCUCCACCGAUGCCACCGAGGGUCCUCGACGCAGUUGCCUGGACUCGGCACACUGGGCUGUGCCUGUCCGCUGCCCCGAGGGCCGCAGCAUCUCCCAGAGCUGCAGCUUCAGGGACCCCCUCCGCUCCAGGAAGGGGUGGACAGACUAUGGGACCGAAGCCUCAAGUUGGGCACAGAGUAGGGUUUUGUUUUUGUUUUUUUACGCGGUGCGUGUCUUUUUGUAAAAAUCUUCCUUGUCCCUUGGCUCUGGCCAACUCACAAUAAACCAGACCAGAAGGAUGUCCUGUCUGCAUGCCCAGACCUCUUUUGGAAUCUUCCAGGCAUCUCCACCUCCCACUCUCCCAUCUACACUGGUUGCCGAUUGGGUUAACCUGCUGACUUGGGUCAAGGUCAGUCAGUCAAAUCAUUGGAUCAAUUGUGUGUUCAGGCCCUUCUCCCCUUCUCCGAACCACUGGGCAUGGCCCCUGUGCGGCACCCCUCGCGCCCCCUCCCCCAUCUUCGAGGGAGACCCCGUGGAGCAUAAACAACCACAGUUCAGUGUGCUGACCUCCUAUUUUCUCAUAAACCCAUGUUUUAGAUUGUAGGUUCAUAAAAUCUUAUCUGGAAGGGAUCUCAGCAUUCAUCCUCACAAUGUAAUAGCUAUCGUUUGUUAGGAGCUGUGUUCUAAGCUGUCACAACUAGGAAUUGAUCUUCACAAACCCUGUUUACUAAUUAGGAAAAUAGACCAAUAGACGGUGAAGGUCCGCGGUCAAGAUCAUUUAGCUACUAUAAGUGAACUUGUCAAAAUUCCAAUCCAGGCUUGUCAGGCUAGGGUUUGUGCCCUUUUCUGCAGUCCUCUUGGAGAAUGUGACAAAGAGCUAUAGAGUCCUGGGGAAGGGGACUUUCAAACACAAGUUUGCAUAUGACUUAACCUGGAGGGGUAUCCUUGCCUCCAUGAAACCCAUCCAUUAAUCCCCAGGAUUAGUUCAACUCAUUCAUUUUUCUGAGUGUGGGAACUGAAGUCCAGAGAGAGGAAGUGAGCAUCCCAGCGUCACCCAGCUAGGGAGGGUGAGGACUGGACCCCAGGACCCAGCCUCCUCUCAUGUCUGCACAGGAAGUAGG